AUGGGCUCAAUUGCGGGGAUCGUUCCGAAGGCCUCUCAAAAUCGUUCGGUCGUCAAGCGGCUUGGACUCAUCGUCCGUCCCACAGCAACCGUGAACGGGCAGGACACGGUCGAACAGCCGUCACAGUGGGAUGACCCUGCAUCGACCAUAGAAGCAGGAAUCGAGAAAGUUCUUGGGAUCUACUACUUCGGGCGCACUUUCGUCACACCCUCCGCCACGCCUGAAGAUCUUAUUCAAGAAAUGAUCCAGGAGCCAGUGGAGACGCAUACCUCUAUUGAUUGGGCCGAUCUGAUGGCUGGCUCUCUUCUAUCGGAGGACCAGUAUUUUAUGCCUUGGCUCCAGAAUCUCAUGUACAAGGACACGCGUUGGUACGAUGCUUACCGCUUUGACGCUCUGCGUGACCUCGGAGAGGCCAUUCAUGACGACGUCUAUCGCGGAAACGACGAUAUCGUCAGACUGUACGAGGCUCAUUUGAAGGAGAGUCACGAUAGUCAGCUUUGUGUGGCAGAAAUAAGGACUGUGCUGAUAGAGGAGGAUGUACUAGAUGUUGUCAUCCCGCAGGCCUAUCUCCACCAGCGUCUCGUUUAG